CCUUUUUGUCUUCACGGCAUCAUUAAUCAAGCUUUACCGCUGCCAGCGCGGUGCAAGCAACAAUAGCGCGAUCAACAAGCGCGAAGCAAGGAAAUCGCGCUAUACAUCCAGCCUUUCACUCGUCAUUGCAAAUGGCGCCACGUACUGCGCUGCCAAAUGAGCUGCUGACACCACUGGCCGGUGUGCGCCAUCGCCAGACAUUGUUGCCAGUACAGACUAAGCUUCGCCUUGUCGUCCGUCCAUCCUCACACACACACAUACACACCAUCGCAGUACGAGCACACACACACGCAGGCCUACGCACGUCCUACUUGGGUCGAGGUGCAAUGGUGUGCGCGUGCGCGCCGGCGAUGGCGGUGCAUCGAUCGCAGGGAUUUGCGCGGAGAAACCGUGUUUUGUGAAAACCUUUUUCCGCCUCUCUGCCGCCCGGUCACACGCAGAAAGUGGGAAAAAAAGACUGGCAACGAGGCCAUCCAGCGCUUUCUGGACCGUCUAUUUUAAGGCUAGAUGACACAGAAAUCAAGGGCUAGCUGGCGUGCUAACCUCUUUUUGCGAAUCAAUCAACAUACGAACCACUUUCUUUAGGAAUGGCGUAGAAAUAUGGAUUGGCCAUCACUGAGAAGAGCAACGGCGGAGGAGCAAAGACGCGGCGGUGUGAGAGCGGUGGCGUGUCUGGGCCACAGUUUGUUAAUCCAAUGACUACGGAAAAAGCUGGCUGAGUGGAUGAACCUGGCAGACGAGACGCACGCGCACGACGAGGGGGGGAUUCUGUUUGUUUGCUCGCCGGAUGGUGGGUUCCUGAGUCAGUGGUGACUAACGUGUGGUGGUGGGAUUGCUGCUGGUUCCAGCCGUGACUUGGAACCGAAGGGCGAGUGGUGCUGCAGCUGUUUACUUCAUACUGGAUUAGCACGCGCGCUAACUCUGGGUGUCAUUGACAGUUUGACCGUGGCGACCUUGCUCAAUCAGCCUUGACAGAGGCGCUGCCAUACAUCACUGCUGCUGAAACUGGACAAGAAAGAUGGAUUUUUUGAAGUCGUUCGAACUUGAUCUUGACCGUGAAGUGUACUAUGCAGGGGAGACAGUCACGGGACGGGUGGUCGUGGAGAACUCAGAGAAUAUGCGUAUCAAAGGCGUUCGGCUGCACUUCCGGGGCAAAGCGCACACUGAGUGGAAGAUCAAUCGGGCUGGAGAGCGGCGGACUGUUCGCCAGGAUGAGCACUACAUCGACGAGAGGAGACUCUUGUGGGGAAGAGAAUCUGGUGAUGAAGACACUCCAAUACCAAUCCUGCCCCGAGGUAUUCACACCUAUCCGUUUGAGUUCAAGCUACCAGAAUCUGCCCUGCCGUGUUCGUUCGAGAGCAAGUAUGGGACAAUACGCUACUACAUCCGGGUCACCUUGGACAUUCCUUAUGCAUCGUGCCCUCAAGGGGUCAAGUAUUUCACCAUCAUUGGUCCGCAUAUCGACUGCAUGGACGAGCGGUUGCUGGCACCUGCAGUCGCUGUGGCCAAGCGAAACACGUGCAUCCUGUGCUGUGGAAAGGGACCACUCCUCUUGAGAGGCAGUCUGGAGAGGACGGGCUACUGCUGUGGAGAGAACGUCCGCCUGAAGCUGGAGAUUCAAAAUGGCGGAGACUACGAUGCUUGGGCUGACUGCAAACUUAUCCAGCACGUCGAGUUCUUCAUCAACAAAGGUGUGCUCGGCUUGUCCAAAGAAGUUCAUCACGCCAUCGUAGAGGUAGAGUCCGAGCGGGUGCGCGCGCACCACACCUCGACUUUGCACUCCUUGAGCGAGCGCUGCCACGUCCCUGUGUGUCCACCCACCAUGCUUGGUGUGUCUGGCCUGGUGCAGAUCUACUACUCACUCAAACUAUGCUUGAACACCGAAGCGGAACGGGAGGUGACAGAGAUCGAGUUUCCAGUUACCAUAGCAACACUGCCUUUCAGGAUUCCUAACUCGCCGAUGCCUGAUAUUCACUAUGAUGUACCCGUUGAGAACGUGGAAGGUGGCAACUACAUCAGCUCGGAGUUCCAGAUGGGUCAGGUGUACAUGGGCGACGACCACGACUCGGAGAUGGACAAGGUCGUCCUCUACCGGCCUGUCUACGUCACCGUGCGAUCCUCCAGACCCCCAUCAGUAUGUCGGUCGUCAGGCGGCAGCCGCACCAACCUGUUGCAGGUACCCGGAUCGUCCAGAGGUCGCAGCUUGUCUCGAAGUCGAGAAAACGUCACAGUCUACGCUAAUGGCUCACGUCACGGAAGUCGCGAAGACGUCAGCACCUUGAGCAGGGUCCGCCUCGAUAGCUCAGAGGAUCGGAUGUCCCGCUUCAGCGACGACGACCUGCCGGGCCUCGUGAAGGGGUCACGGGGAGCGGAGGCCGAGCGUGUGCCCCUGAUGUCGUCACACCACGCGACUUUCACGAUUGGUGCAGAAGGUCUGAGAACAGCGACUGGCAGCGCGGCGGCGUCGGUGGGCGUGACUGCAGCAGCUGCCGCGGCAACAUCCCCGAUCAAACGUCAGCGAGAAGAGGGGUCAGAAGGUCAAGGGUUAAAUUGGGCACUUCCGCUGGAACUCAUGGACAAUUCGCAGAGCGGUGUUUAACGGCAGCACGUGUGUAGGACUCAUGGAAUGCUCUCCUUCACAUGGAGACUUUUUCAAGCAUGGGAUGUUUCCACGAAACAUUGACUUCUGGGAUUUUUGAGUUGAGACGUUUUUUUCCCUCCUUUCCCAAAAAUGUGGAAAAAAUGACAGCACGGUCGGCGCAUCACGUUUUUCGACCAGUGCAAGCUCAUGCCCAGGGUACACCCAUCGCAACCGAGACACAUUGAAACACGAACUGCACAACUAUAGGGUGCAGAAUAAUGACCAAGUGGGAGACCAGUCUGCCAUGUCCAGUGGAUAUUACUCUCAAAUUUAGGUCUGUGUCUGCUGUCUUCGCAAAACUGUGCAAGGAAAGGGUAGACGAGGGUGACGGGUGCAGACGAGGUUCACAGAAAAGCCUGACAGGACUUUCAUACUAAGUUUGCUGAGGUAAUCAACGGCAGAGCACAUUUAAUAUCGUUAUUUUAACGCCUUUUUGUGGUUAAAAUAAAGACUGGAAAUAAAGAACUAAGACUG